AUUUGGUGGUCUUAACAAAGCAGCAAAAUACGUCUUCGGCACUGGUAUUUCAAGUUUGCCUCGAAUAUCAAUGGGGAAUUGCAGAGUGGUCGAUGCAACUGCCGAGCCUGCGGAUAAAAUUUUAAGGUUUAUUAUUUUAUUAUGCAUAGCAAUGGCUCCCAUUAGAGCAGAUCCUGAGGCCACGCUUUUAUCCUACCAAUGCAACUAUGGCCCCAGCGGCAACGCCACCGUCUUUAAGCAAAUUUUGAACGCCGCGCUGGAAACUGUGGUGGAAAAAGUUGCUCCAUCUGGAUUUGCUACAACAGACGAGGAGACAGCAACAGAUCUGGCAGAUUCAGUAUACGUUCUGGCGCAGUGCAGAAAGGAUAAAUCCCCUGCCGAUUGCGUCGACUGCAUAAAGGUUGCAGAGAAGCAAGCACGCAACUGUCCCUAUAUGUCCUGCAAAGCAUACUACGACGGCUGUUAUCUGCGUUACGAGAAUAACAAUUUUUAUGAUAAAUAUACUGAUGCCACACAUAAACCGGUGUGCGGCCAAGUCAACGCCGCAGCUUCCAGUUCAUUUUCGGCAACAGGUCGAAGUUUGAUAAGUGAUCUUUGCAGCGCGACUCCGCGAAUAAAUGGUUAUUUUGCUGCGCAGACGAGACGAGGGCCGUCUAAUACGACUAUCUAUGGACUUGCCUUCUGUCUGCGUUCCAUUCAAAGGGAUUCCUGCGAAAGUUGUCUGAGUACUGCUCAGGAAAACAUAAAUAAGUGUUUUCCUCGCUCCGAGGGACGGGCUAUAGACGCCGGCUGCUACUUGCGAUACGAUUCCAAACCCUUUUAUCCAAUAAAUGCAACUAUCGACUUGGCGCUUUUCUUACACUCAGGGAAGAAGAAGGUGAGUUCUGCAGUGUGGAUAAUAAUUGGUAUUGUCGGAGGGGUAUUCCUACUUGGCCUUAUAACUUGUUUCCUUGUCUUCCGGAAGAAAAUAAUUCGGCCAAGCCAGAAACAAGUGGAUACUGAAGGAGCAACAGAACUUCGUGGCCCGGGAGAUUUUGACUUCAAGGUACUGAAACAGGCAACCAACGAUUUUGAUCCAGCGAAUAAACUUGGAGAAGGAGGGUUUGGUGAAGUAUUUAAGGGUACAUUGAAAAGUGGUAAAGCUGUGGCAGUAAAGAAGCUGUUAAUAGGUCGCUCUGCCCGUGCAAUUUCUGAAUUUGAAAGCGAAGUGAAACUCAUUUCUAAUGUUCAUCACAAAAAUCUUGUGCGUUUACUUGGAUGUUGCAGACAAGGCCAAGAAAGAUUCCUGGUUUAUGAGUACAUGCCCAACAGCAGCCUCGACAGAAUAUUAUUUGGAGAACAUAAAAAAACUUUGAGUUGGAAGGAAAGGUUCAACAUUAUCUUGGGCACUGCUCGUGGUCUUGCCUAUCUCCAUGAGGAAUUCCAUGUCUGUAUCAUCCAUCGUGAUAUUAAAUCAAGCAAUAUAUUACUUGACGAGAACUUUGAGCCAAAAAUAGCAGAUUUUGGGCUGGCAAGACUUCUUCCAGAUGAUAAAAGUCAUCUUAGCUCAAAAUUUGCAGGAACGCUAGGAUACACGGCUCCUGAAUACGCUAGCCGUGGGCAAUUAACAGAGAAAGCUGACACCUACAGCUUUGGUUUAGUGGUUCUUGAAAUUGUCAGUGGCAGAAAAAGCAUUGACUUGAAUCAACCACCUCAUAUGCAAUAUCUGCUUGAAUGGGUUUGGAGGCUAUACGAAGAAAACAAUGUUUUAGAGCUGGUGAAAACUCAAGAGGAGAUGGAAGGGUAUAGCAAAGAAGAGGUGUUGAGGGUGAUAAACCUUGCACUUCUAUGCAUACAAGCUUCUGCUAGUCAUAGGCCAUCAAUGUCUGAGGUCGUGACAAUACUAUUAACAAAAGAUGGGAUUGAUUUUGAGAAACCUUUGCAACCAGCAUUCCUAGACGUGGGUUACAAAGCACAACAAGAAAGUUCCAUUUCUGGUAAAUCUGGAUCAUAUGCAUUGAUUACAGAAUCCCUUAAUGCUCGUUAAUGGUGGAUAUUUCUCUUGUCGAUGGACACAUGGAGAGUAGCAUGGAAGGACGGAUUGUAAUCAAUUAGUUCUUCAUUACUAUUUUAAAAUAGUAUUUAAAUAUUACAAUAUGCAUUUUCCUUUUCCAUCUUUAAAUAUAACCAAAAAUUGUUUGAAAAGAGAUGUUUAUCUCACUUCAAUUUCUAAAUCUAAAUGUUACAUAAAUAUUGUAUACUCUGCAUAUUUUAUAGUUGGGGGAUUACCUUAUUUAAUGUAUUUUAAAUAUGAAGGAUAUAUUUUUGUUA